AUGGAAAUAUUAAAAGUUACCUCAGAGACAGAAUAUCUUGCAAUCCAUUACAGUUGUUCUGAAGAUGUUCGACCCAUGAUCGAUCAAAUUCAAUGGACAAAAGAUGAAAUACCAUUGAGGUUGAAUUCAACAAAGUAUAAUGGGGGAGGUGUAAAAGACAAAUAUUUGAAAAUUCUCUCUCCAGCGAGAGAAGAUGGUGGUGAAUACGUUUAUACAAUUUUCAACGCCUGGGGUUCUGUUAGAGAAAGCAUUACAUUAGGAGUACCAACGGCACAACUCCCCCAAUGCUUGAAAAUUCCGUUUGGUAGUCCAGUCUCUAUUGAGCCCGUCAUACAAUCCUGUCCUCCAGUGAUGAAAGUCGUUUGGGAGAUGAGUAAAGAUCAAAAUCCAGAAAAUUUUAAGGCCCUAGACGUUACCUGCUCUCGAUAUUUUGGAAGCACUUUGGAUCCACAGAACCCUAUAUUUGUCAUACCAAAAGUAUCUAAUGCUGACAGAAUGUAUUACAGAAUACAAGUAUUAAAUGGAAUUGGUAACUCUUGGAGUAAUGCAACUUUACUUAAAAUCCAUGGCGAUAUACCCUCUGUAUUCAUAAAUCAUGAAACCAAUUUUUCGGAGCGGAGGGUUUCAUUAUUAUGCGAAAUUGUCCUAACUAAGAACUCGCCUGGAGUUGAAACAAUUCUAUGGAUAAAGGACAAAAAGCCAUUGGAUAUUUCUGGUUGUGGACUGAAAUAUUCAGGAGGUACUGUUUCUGAUCCUACCCUAACUAUCAAUGCAGUGAAUUCAAAUGACUCCGGAGAAUAUCAGUGUAAUGUGUCUAAUGCAGUUGGGAACAUGUCAAGUAGUCCCAUCUAUUUAGGUGUACCAAGCAUUGAAAUACAUUCCCCUGGAUUGGAGCAUGAUGAAGAAGGCGAGAAACUUAUCUUUACAUGUACAGUUAGAUCUAUUCCGGAAGCAACAAUAGUGGAAUGGGGAAUUCAGCAAAGUCCAGAAGAUGUUUUUAGAAAAAUAGAUGUGCAUGACCCUAUGUAUAUUGGAUCAACAGUUUCGAUGCCAUAUCCAGUUUUAAUGGUUCAUAAAUAUUACCAAACAUCAUCUCAAAUAUAUCUCAUAAAAGUCACCAAUUACAUUGGAGAAACAACUGAAGUUAUUCAGGAUUCAUGA